AUGCCUACUGAAUUCAUCAGCGUGACAUUCCCCAAUGCCUCCACGGAGCUCAAUCCCAUCCCCAAUGCAUCAAUCGACCCAGAGUUCCUCACUCGCUACGCGCGCAACCUCGACGACUACGCCUUCAACUAUACCCUAGUCCCCUACGACUCAUCCUCCUACGACCCCUUCACGAUAGGAGCAACCAUCGCCUCUGUCACAAAGAACCUCAAAAUCAUCAUCGCUCUCCGCCCAAACACACUAUACCCCACCGUAGCAGCCAAAGCCCUCGCCACCCUCGACCAGCUCAGCUCCGGCCGCGCUGUCGUCCACUUCAUCGCCGGCGGCAGCGACACCGAACAAGCUCGCGAAGGCGACUUCCUCAACAAAGAACAGCGCUACGCCCGCCUGGAGGAGUAUAUCCGCAUUCUCCGCCGCGCGUGGGAAUCCCCGGACCCCUUCGACUGGGACGGCGAGUACUACCAAUUCAAGCAAUUCCAGAACAAAGUGCGCCCCGUAAACGGCAAAUCCAUCCCAGUCUCUGUGGGCGGGUCCUCAGACGACGCAUACCGCAUCGGCGGCUCCCUCGCAGACAUCUUCGGACUCUGGGGCGAGCCGCUGAAAGAAACAAAGGCCCAAAUCGACCGUAUCUACGAAGAGGCUGCGAAAGCAGGACGGCCCGAGUCCGACCGUCCCCGGAUCUGGGUUACCUUCCGGCCUAUCAUCGCGGAGACGGAGGAACUGGCCUGGGCGAAAGCGCACCGCACCCUCGAUCUCCUGCAGACACAUCGCGCAAAUGGGCUCGGUAAGGUCCCCGCAAAUGCGCCGGCUGUGCAGAACGUGGGAUCGCAGCGGUUGUUGGAGAUCGCGGCGCGUGGGGAAGUGCAGGACAGGGCGCUGUGGUAUCCGACUGUGACUGCGACGAAUGCGAGGGGAGCGUCGACUGCUUUGGUGGGGUCGCCAAAGACGAUUGUGGAUUCGAUCUUGGAUUAUGUGGAUUUGGGCGCUGAGCUUAUUUCCAUCCGGGGGUAUGAUAACCUCAAUGAUGCGAUUGAUUAUGGGCGGCUUGUUAUCCCGGCUGUGCGUCAGGCGUUGCAGGAAAGAGGGUCUGCUUAG